AUGUGUUGUGUCUCUGGGGUGUUAUCAGGGUGCAAAUGUCGAAACCCGUCAACGUCUAAUCCCGUAGGAGAGGACCGUAAAUUGAAGACACUAUCCCGAUUUACUGUCCAGAAAAGGCGAAAUCUUCGCCGAUUAUUCUUUGAAGGAUGGGAGGAUUGCGGACGUUAUCGAGCGGCUGCCCGCCAGUGUCAAUGA